AUGGCACAGUACAGGACAUUCAGUCAGAAGAGAGCUGCAAUUGAGAGAGAGUAUGCACAGGGAAUUCAGAAGUUGACUAGUCAAUACUUAAAGAAGGAUUGGCUUGGAAUAAAACCUGAUGAGCGAAGUGAUUAUAGGAGCAUGUACUCCGUUUGGAAAUCAUUUCUAGAAGGCACAAUGCAGGUGGCCCAAUCCCGGCUCAAUAUCUGCGAAAACUAUAAAAACUUAAUUUCUGAACCUGCCAGGACAGUAAGAUGCUUCAAGGAACAGCAACUGAAAAAGUGUGUGGACCAGUUGACAAAGAUUCAAGCUGAAUUACAAGAGACAGUAAAAGAUUUAGCUAAGGGCAAAAAGAAGUAUUUUGAGACUGAACAGAUGGCUCAAGCAGUGCGGGAAAAAGCUGAUAUCGAGGCCAAGUCCAAACUUAGUCUUUUUCAGUCGAGGAUAAGCUUACAGAAGGCAAGCGUGAAGUUAAAAGCACGACGGUCCGAGUGUAAUUCAAAGGCUAUACAUGCAAGAAAUGAUUACCUUCUCACUUUAGCAGCUGCUAAUGCACACCAAGAUCGCUAUUAUCAGACAGACUUAAUGAACAUUAUGAAGGCUCUUGAUGGGAAUAUAUAUGAUCACCUUAAGGAUUAUUUAAUGGCGGUCAGCAGGACUGAGCUAGAGACAUGCCAAGCUGUACAGAAUACAUUCCAAUUUUUAUUGGAGACUUCUUCCAGCAGGGUGGUGCGGGAUUACAAUCUACAGCUAUUUUUACAGGAGAACUCUGUAUUUCGCAAACCGCAACCCUUCCAGUUCCAGCCUAGUGACAGCGAUACCAGUUUUAAUGCAGUUCAGCUGGUGGAUAUUGAGCCCUCACCUGUCAGUGCUAUGCGAAUGACUAUAGCAGAGAGUCGACAACUGGAGUCUGAAACUGGAACGACUGAAGAGCACAGCCUAAACAAGGAGGCCCGGAAGUGGGCCACCCGUGUAGCACGAGAGCACAAAAACAUCAUCCACAAUCAACGGACACUCGAGGAGUUAGAGUGCCAUGGCCCUGUGGUGUCUGAACAAAGCCGAGCAGAACUGGAACAAAAAAUAGAGGAAGCCAGAGAGAGUAUCCGCAAAGCCGAGAUAAUUAAACUGAAAGCAGAGGCUCGUCUUGAUCUGCUAAAGCAGAUAGGGGUGUCUGUGGAUACGUGGCUAAAGAGUGCAAUGAACCAAGUGAUGGAAGAACUGGAAAACGAACGCUGGGCAAGCCUUCCUGCCAUGACCAACAAUGGCUCUUCGCACUUGCUCAACGCUGAUACAGAAAAGGAAGAAGGUGAAGAAUUUGAAGACAGCAUGGAUGUGUUUGACGAUAGCAGUUCCAGUCCUUCUGGUACUCUAAGAAAUUAUCCACUGACCUGCAAAGUCGUUUAUUCCUAUAAGGCUUCUCAGCCUGACGAACUGACCAUUGAGGAACAUGAGGUAUUGGAAGUGAUUGAAGACGGAGAUAUGGAAGACUGGGUAAAGGCACGAAACAAAGCCGGCCAAGUGGGUUAUGUGCCAGAGAAGUAUCUGCAGUUCCCAACAUCCAACAGCCUGUUGAGCAUGCUGCAGUCUCUGGCAGCACUGGAUAGUCGGUCACACACCUCCAACAAUUCAACUGAAGCCGAGCUAAUCUCAGGCAGCUUAAAUGGAGAUUCCAGUGUCUGUUUUGUGAAAGCACUUUAUGAUUAUGAGGGCCAGACAGAUGACGAGCUGUCCUUCCCAGAAGGAGCAAUCAUCCGUAUCCUAAACAAGGAGAACCAGGACGAUGAUGGUUUCUGGGAGGGUGAAUUCAAUGGGCGUGUUGGGGUUUUCCCUUCUGUGUUAGUGGAAGAACUGACAGCCUCAGAAAAUGGGGAGACUCAGUGGAUUGGAGAUCUUCAGGUGUCUCCAUCUCCAAAACCUCACAAUUCCCUUCCACCAUUGCCUCUCUAUGACCAGCCACCCACGAGCCCUUACCAUAGUCCAGAUAAAAGAGGCUCCCAGAGCUUUCCCAGAUCACCAUCAACUAAUGAAAACAGUUUCAGUUCGGAGUCUCCUGGAUUUUCGCAGCCUCCACGGCUUACUCCGGAAACUUCCUAUGGCAAACUGCGACCUGUGCGAGCAGCUCCUCCUCCCCCUACACAGCAUCAUCGCAGGACAACAGAGAAGAUCGAGGACGUGGAAAUUACUCUGGUGUAACGAUGGGACUAGCUAAGUAGUAGUGCUACAAUCAAGGCCAAAUGUGGUGUUUGGUCAACCUCGUUUUUAGGCACCUUUGCAUGAUGAAGACUUUUAAUAGAGCAAGGAAUAGGGAGGAUUUCUUGUGACAGUGACAUGCUGGAUUUCUUCCCACCAUCAUGAAUAUUUUGUGCCUUUUUUGUUUUAUAUACAUCAUUCUUCCUCCCUUAGCACAAACCAAGAUGGGCCAAACGGCAAGCAGAGGAGAUGCCUUGGAGCAGGUUUCUCUUUUGGCUGAAGAUGGUCAAUUUUUAUAUGGUGGCUUCAGAGAGAGCCUCAUUCAUGCAACUUAGUCAUAGCAUACUUAUAUCAUGUGCAUUAGUACAGUAUAUUACUGUUGCCAUAGGAAUGUGUUAAAGAUUGUCAAUUCUUCAAGUAGCAGUACUUGUCUGAUUAGAUAUUAAUCAGAUCUCAUGGAAUUACAAAAAAGGGAACAAAAGGAUAAGUUUAAAGAGAGGCUGGCUCCUCUUCAGUCCCCUUGAUGAAGAAAAAAAAAAAGGAAAAUAAUCUUAUAGAUAAGAAAAAAGUGCUGGAGACCACAUGACAUGAAUGCACACCUCUUCAAUAAUUAACUGUUAAACAGAACUAAAUGCUCUUUGUAUUAAUAUUUAUGCAGUUCAUUUAGUAAUAGAGUAUCUAAUAUGGAGGUGCUGAAUUAGUAGCAACAUCUUGUUUCCAUAGCAUAAAUCAACUGGUAGAGAAGUAAGUGAGAUUUUUGUCUAGAUCUGGAAAUUUGAGUUUCAUUUCUUUUUCUUAGCAGAUGUUUUUUUUUUUUCAUUUUGGGAUCACUUUUAUCCCGGUUAUUGCCGUGUACUUUAUUAUCCGACGUUAGCAGUAUAUCUUUGCCAUCAAAACAUCUGGCUAGAGUUAGAAGUUACAUUUAGAAUAUUUACAUGCAUUAUUUAGUUUCCGCAUUGGAUAGUCCUAUAGCAUUUCUCCCUGCAAAGCCCAUUAACUAGCCAAAAUCAGAGAACCAGGACAUCCCUGGCAUAGGCCAGUCCUUCAGACCGCCUUUAGGGCUGAAAGUAAGAGAGGGAAUUGCGCUCUCAAAUGAUUUUUGUGCAAGAAAGAGUUUGAGGACGUCAAGACUAAUUUCAGACUGGCUUUCUCUGAGAAAGGAACUGUUGACAUUUCAGAGAAAUCAGGGUGUGUUGCGUUCUAGCGUGAAUUGCAAUGGUAAGAAGAGUGGAGACACCCUUCCUUCCAGAUGAAAACAUUUGUUUCUAUAAAUACGAUCACUAAAUCGUUCUGAAAAUAGCAAUACUUAUCAAUCAAAGCUUCGGUGAAAAGACAUCUACAACUUAUUUAAGAGCUGUUAUAUGGGUUAUAUUGAAUGCGCUCUUGUGUGUUCAUUUUCUCCUAUGUUGGUAAAGUAAGUUUCUACAUUUAGUUAACUAACAAGGGCUAUUUUUUUUGAGGCUGCAUUUACAAAAUCAUUGUACAAGAUGUUAUCAUAAACUUCGCACAUCCUUGUAAAUCCCAACCCCACCUGGGGCUCUGAAAUGUUAGUACUUGCCAAUGUCUCUCCUCCCAGUGGGAUUUUUAACCAAGAGUGAGGCUGUUGGAAGAAAAAGUUCAUCAGCCAGUUGCUAAAUCAAUGGCUGUCCAUUGAAGAUCCUUUUCCGUGUGUUUUCAUUCUUUUGCACCUCUUGUCCUGUUGAUCUGUUUGAGGUCUUUUUAUGUGUUUAUCAAACUUAUUCUUAAGUUUAAAAAAAAAAAAAAAGUUUUUAAAAAGAUUUAGCUAUUUGCAAAAAAAAAAGGCAAAAAAAAAGCUUCACAAUGCAGAAGAAAUUCAAGUAUUGCCAUAAACGAUGUUCAAGUUCAAUUUCUUUGGCCAGUUUUUCUCUGUCCUUCAUAACAGACUUUCAAAAUUCAGAAAGUGUUAUUUAAAAUCUCUUUGGUUGUACUUUAAAAUAUUUUCUGUAAGAGCUGCUAAUUUUAUUUAAAAAAAAAAAAAAGAAAGAAAAGUUGUAAAAAUAUGCCUCCUUUUUAACUAUGAUUUCUUCAUACAGGGCAUGUAUUCAACGUAUCAUCAUGUACAGUGUCAGUACACUGAAAGCAUUAGGUGCAAAUGCUUUCUUUAUAUUGGCUGUAAAAAGUUUGUAUUUAUUAUGUAUAAAAAUGUUGAAUAAUAAAAAAAAAACAAAACGUGGAA